AUGUCACCUGAUGAAAUUAUCUACUUGGUGGUCCUUCUCAUCUCUAUACCUGUUGGUUUCCUCUUCAAGAAAGUGGGUUUGAAGACCAAAAAAUAUGGGGCAGCUGUUAUAGGACUUGCACUUAUUCUGGUGACUUGCCAGAUCCACAUCCUUCAUUCUCUUAUCACCAUCCUGGGGACAUGGCUUAUUAUCAAUAUCUCACCAAGGACUUGUCAUCACCUGACGCUGGGAUGGACAUUUUCCUAUUUAUUAUUUUUCCGCACGGUUACUUACUUCAACUAUCCAGAGCCAACACCAUUCACCAAUGCUGUGCAACUUCUGCUCACUCUUAAGCUGCUGAGCUUAGCCAUUGAGGUACAAGAACUCAUUCAGGCGAAGAAACAGGAAGUCACAACUUUCACCAAAUCUCCAAUGAUUGGUAAAGUUCUCCAAAAACCGGGGUUGGUGGAGAUACUGUGCUACAGUUACUGCUACGUGGGGCUUAUGACAGGCCCAUUUUAUCGCUAUCGUACGUAUCAUGACUGGUUGAGCCAGAUUGAUUCUUCUGUUAUCCCUAGCUGGCAGCCGAUGCUUUACAGAUUCAGAAUGGUCCCCAUCUUUGGAAUAUUUUUCCUGGUUGUCUCCCAUUUCUUCCCCCUUGAUUACGUCCGAAGCAACGCCUUCUACGAGAGAGGACUCCCUUUUCGCCUCUUCUACAUGGUGCCCGUCUUCUUUGUCUUCCGUAUGCGUUUCUACGUUGCCUGGCUUUGCGCCGAGUGUGCCUGCAUUGCUGCUGCUUUUGGUGCCUAUCCAGUCACUGCCAAAUCUCGGUCAGGUGGAGGACCUACAGUGCAAUAUGAGCCCUUAAGUCCAUCAGCUGACGGGGAAGCAUCCAGUAUUGCAUAUGAUUAUGAGACAAUCAAAAACAUUGAUCCACACGGGACAGAUUUUUGUGUCAAAGUAAAGGAUGGCAUGCGCUAUUGGAACAUGACUGUCCAGUGGUGGUUAGCACAAUACAUCUACAAAAGUGCACCUUUCCAUUCCUACAUCAUGAGGAAUGCCUGGACAAUGCUUAUCUCGGCCUACUGGCAUGGGAUCCACCCUGGGUACUACAUCAGCUUCCUUACCAUCCCGCUCUGCCUACUAGCUGAGGGGGCCAUGGAGAGUGGAUUCUUGAAGCACCUCUCCCCGUCUGGGCGUCUUUGGGGUGACUGGAUACAGUGGUUCAUGAAGAUGAGGGCCUAUGACUACAUGUGUAUGGGUUUUGUGUUGCUCACCUUUGAGGAUACUGUUCGCUAUUGGAGCUCGAUCUAUUACUGCAUCCAUGUGGGAGCUGUGUUUUUCUUCCUGCUGGGAACAGUGUUGGGGAUCCAGAGGAAAUGGGGCUCCCCAAAAGAUAAACAGGGUGCUCCACAGAAUCCCAAGCAACAGGAAUGAGAGGGCAAAAUGAUGUUGCUGUAUGCCCACAGCAAGGAACACUACCAUAGGCCAGUGAGGCUAAGGGAACAAAUAAGACUCGGCGCGAGUCUAGUUUUGAUAUAUGUCAUGACUUAGGUGGGGAUUGAAGGAAAUAAUCCAAGAUUGAACUUGGAAAUCCCUACUUUUGGUCUGCUUUGUGACAAGGCAAUUUAGAAAUCCUAAAGAUAUUGCCCCCUAGGCUAUUCUACUUCAGGGGAUUCUGAGAAGAGGAAAUUCCAGAUCUUAACUUCUAACCCAGUCUCAACAAUUUUAAGACGUGUGGACUUCAACUCACAUACUGGCUGGGGAAUUCUGGGAGUUGAAGUCCAGCCAUCUUAAAGUUGUUGAAGCUGAGAACUACUGUUCUGACUCUCUCUUUUGUUAGAUUUCUUUCUAGCUUUCACUCUAGUCUUAUUUUUUAAUUUUUUAAAGUUGAAACCUCAGCCAUUUUAUAGGAUAAGGUAAAGGAAUUACACCCAACUAGCUGUUAUGGAACUACAACUCCCAAGAACUCCAGCCAAAUUUAACAAUAUAGGCAAUAAUAUAUAUAUUAUAACUGCAUAGCAUCUGAAGGAUUACACAUUAUCUGCCCUUUAGUCAGUAGGAUUUUUAGUUCUGUAAUACACAUUCUGUAACUCUCUCUCAUUUUUAUUUUCUUUAAAUGUCAUCGUAGCCUUGAAAAUAUUUGCGUAUAUAGUGGAAUUUCUUGAAAGGGUGAAUCUGGGACUUUGUCCUGUGGUAGAUAAGAAGUGAGGCUGUCAUAUUUGAGCUGCAAAAAUCAGGAUGGUCAUUAGAGGACAUCUUGCAUCCAAUGAUAAUCCAGAUAUUGGCAACUCAGAUUUGGUAAUUAUACAGAAAUGCUAAAAUUUAACAAAAAAUAAAAACUCCAUCCAAAUGUUUUUGAUCACUUGUAUGGAGAGAUGUGCAAAAAUGAAUUAGGUCUCACAAAAUCUUGAAUUGGUGACCUUCUUACUCAAAGAGAUGAGAUUCUGGAAUUCAACAAGAUUUUCACAGGGCUGGAUCCUGUUACACAAAAGUCAUGGAAAAGAUUAGUUUGCUGGUGCAGAGGUACAAGUGAGGCUGGUGGACUGGUAAAGAAAUCAGAUGUUGCACACAAAGGCUGCCAUAUUUAAAUAUGUUACUGUUAAAUAUAAGGAACAAAUGCAUGUUUGACUUUUUUAAAGCUAUGAUAUUUGGGGCUGAAA